CAUUUUUAUAAGGAAAACCGCGGCAUUUUGCGUCCACUACUUCUCUGAAACAUCUAUCUCUCAACACUGCAACCAUUCUCCAAGAUUCAUCCAUUCAUCUCUCCAAUCUAAAUCCAACCCAAGAUGGCCGACGAAAAGGCCGAUCAGGCGGUCAGAUUUUGGCUGCAAGACAUGACGCGGGUGAUAUCGGGUUGUGAGGAUGAAAUUCAUGGGGUGAUAGAAGAGCUCACGAAGCUGAUGGGUGAAGUCGAAAUCGUGAAGCAGUUCCUUGAUAAGGAGGCCAAGAUGCUGCAGAAGGAGCAGCUGAGAGAAAUGGAUUUGAAGAGGCUUAUGAAGAAGGUGCGGUAUGAUGUGGAAGACGCCAUUGAAUCUUCAUCGACAACGAUGGCCGGCGCCAUGGCCAGGAGUAAAUGCUUUCGCCGGUUCCUCAUUAGAGGGCUUGGUCGCGCGCUCAAGACAAGGAUUGGCUUCAUUAAAUCUCGUCGUUUACAGCCCAUCACUCACAGAAUCCGAGCAUAUAGAUAUAUGGGAAUCCGACAACCAGUAUGCUCUGUAGAAACGAAUCAGGUUCCUCCACAGAAGCUGAACGAGGCACCAGAGAAGUUUGUUGGUCUCGAAGAUGAGACAGAGAAUUUAAUCAGCUCUCUCAUGGAAGAAACGGAGGAAGUCGGUGUCAUCGCUAUCACGGGCAUGGCCGGCAUAGGGAAGACGACGCUGGCGUCCAAGAUCUUUCAUGACAACAGAAUCAUGAAGGAAUUCCCCACUCGGAUUUGGCUUGACGAAAAAUCUAGAGAAUUCCGCAUCUAUGAUUCCUCAAAUGAGAUUAUCAACGAUGCUGUUUCUCCAAUCGACAUACUCAAAUUCAUAGCCCAACUUCAGGGGAGGAGAAGACAUUUAAUAGUUUUGGAUGAUAUUUGGGAUCCUGGGUUCUUGAACAGUGUCGUCAAAAAUAUGUUACCGCAGAUGGGCAAAGUCUUGAUAACCAGCUGCAGCAAAUGCAUCACUAAGAAGCCUCACCUGCUGCGUUUCCUGAAUGAGAAGGAGAGUUGGGAUUUACUCCAGCUGGAAGUAUUCGGGGAGCUCGACGCGUGCCCUGAGACGUUGAAGUCUACCGGGCAGCGUAUAGCCCAGAACUGUGAUGGAUUGCCACUUGCGAUAGUAGCAGUUGGAAACAGUCUAGUGGCCGCGUCUUCGACAAAAGCAGCCGAGGAUUUCACCAAGAUGUGGUGGGAGGCCGUGUCCGAGAACAUGAGACUGUAUGUUGCGUACCAGAAAGAUGUUUUCGAACGUCUAGAGUCGAGUUACGUUAAUCUGCCACAAGAUAUGCAGGAAUGUUUCCUUUAUUUGGGAGUGUUCCCCGAAGAUCACGAGAUCCCUGUUCGGACAUUGACUCGUCUGUGGAUUGCUGAAGGAUUCGUACCUGAUGAGCGGGGAACGAUCCUCGGAAAAUCUGCGGGGCAGAAUUUGGAUGAAGCUGAUGAGAGUGCGGAGGAAACUGCGGAUAAGUAUUUGGAUGAUCUUAUCGACAGAAACUUGGUCAUGGUUGUGAAAACGUAUCCCAACGGCCAAAUCAGAACAUGCCGUCUUCAUAAGCUGAUAUAUGGGUUCUGCAAAUUCAAAGCUUCUGAGCAAGAGAUCAUCGAAAUCAAUGGAGAUCGUCCAGCUUCUCUCACGUUAAACUCUCGUCGUCUCUGUGUCUACUCCGAUCUCUCCAAGUUCCUCGCUAGCAGGCCAAAGGGACGACGCGUGCGUUCCAUUCUAUAUUUCAAGGAGAAAGAGGAAAAGGAAGAGGAAGUUGUCCUGCAUGGUAAAGACAGUUCCAGAAUCCAUGAGUGCUUCAAGUUGCUCAGGGUUCUGGAUUGCAGGCACGCCAAAUUCACUACAUUUCCCAAAAGCUUGAGCAAACUUAUCCAUUUGAGGUACAUCUCUGUAUCUUGUGACGAGGUUCGCGUCAUACCUGAAGCAGUCUCUUCGCUGCGAUACCUAGAAACUCUGGUGGUGCAUACAAAGUCAGCUUCUGUUCAACUCAAGGCUAACAUAUGGAGUAUGUAUCAGCUGCGGCAUUUGGUGACAAAGGCAGCCAUUGUUCUUGCCGUACGAGGAAAAGGCGAAGCGGGCAAGAAUCUUCAGACUCUGAGUAGACUGGCACCCAGAUGUUGCACGGAGGAUGUGUUCACACGGACCCCUAACCUAAAGAGGUUGGGGGUUCGAGGGAACUUAGCCGAUCAUUCAGAAGCCGAGUCCUUUAAAAAAUUGGAGCGUCUUGAAAAGCUGAAGCUGAUAAAUGAAGGCGCAGAAGAGAUUCGGUUGGAUCUACACUGUUUCCCUCCGAAUCUCAAGAGCCUCACACUGUCAAGUACAUACUUGAAAUGGGAGUGUAUGUCUACAUUGGGAAAGAUUGAAAGCCUUGAGAUACUCAAGUUGAAAGACAAUGCAUUCGUGGGAGGAUCCUGGAGUUGUACAAAAGCCGAUGGCUUUGGUCGUCUUGGAUUCCUUCUGAUUCGAAUCACAGAUUUAGUGUCUUGGGAGGCCUCAGAUGAUUCGUUUCCUAGUCUAAAGUGUCUCGUGCUUAAGGAGUGUGCAGAGCUCUGCAAAAUUCCAUUGACUCUGGCGAAAAGCCUCGACACAUUGGAUGUAGGGAGCGUAUCCGGAUCUGCAGGCGAGUAUGCCGGGGAAAUCAAGCAAGAAAUAGCGAGGAGGCAAGAGAAAAACAAAAGGAAAGUUAUCUGAAUUCAAACCUUUGCAUUGAUUUAGCCGUUAAGCGUGAAUGUGAAUUAGUUUGUUUUUCUUUUCUACUUGCCGAGCACUCUUUUUCCUCCUCUUGUGUUAUUCGUCACUAGGAUUUCACCGGGAAGGUUUUUUGAUGAGGCUCGGUUCUUGAGUUUGAUCUGUUACAUUUGAAAGUGUUGUAAAUAUGUUAGAACUUUUCAUUACUUCAAAAUUGUAUAUAUUGUGUUCAAACCGACUCGUAAUAGAAUUUUUAGCAUUGAACAAUA